UGUAAACACGAUAAGACAAGUGAAAGUUUUCAAUUUAAAAUGUAAUGUGUUACUUUUAAAAAUAAAUAAUAACGCUAUCCAAAGACAAUUAACAGUAGGAAUAGUGCAGAUUUAAUCUACUGCACGAUGGCCGAUUCAUCAGAAAAAAAAGAUGAAACUGGGGCUGCAGGAAAAAGUCCAGGAGGAUCUAAGUUGGAUACACUUUCAAGAGAAGAUCUUCUAAAAUUUGUGAAAAAGCAAAUGGUAUUACUGCAAAAAUCCAGGUCUAAAUGUGAAGAACUUAUGAAGAAACUAUCAGAAUCAGAAUCAUCAACCACAUCUAGUAAUAAAUCUGAAGAUUGGGAGCAAAAGAUUAAGAAUUUAGAAGAAGAAUUAAAGACUGUUAGUGAAGAGAAAGAAGAAACUAUAGCAGCUUAUAAUGCUGUACAACAAUCACAAGAAACAUCCCUUGUACAGAUACAGACACUGGAGAAAGAAUGCCAAAAAAUCAGAGAUGAAAAAGAAAUGAUUUGCAAUAAAUUUGUUCAGUUUGAGAAGAAAAACAAGGAACUAUUAGAGGAAUUGGAAUGUCUACAGAUGAAAGAUGAGACAUUGACAUCAACUUUACACUGCAUGCAAGAUGAACAAAAACAACUUACACAGACUAACAAAAAACUAGAGUUAGAAGUGAGGACUAUUACAGAAGAAAGGAAUAAUUUAGCAGAACAAAUAGACUCUAAUGUUAGUAAAAAUGAUGAGACUUCAGCUUUAUUACAGCAGUUUGGAGAAGAAAGGGAAGGUUAUGAAACUAAAAUUCAAGAUCUUAGUCAACAAUUACAGAAUCUACAGAAGAGUCAAAUUUUUGAAGUGGAAGCUAAAUCUACAUUAAUUGAAGAGAAACGUCACUUAGAUGAUGAAAACAAAGAUCUCCAAGAAAGACUGCAAAAAUUAGAAUCAGAUAUGAUAACAUUCCAAUCUCAACUAGAUGAAAAAAAUUCCAAAAUAUGUGAACUGUCAGAGAGUGAGAGCAAAAAUGUAAAUUUAUAUGAAAGGCUUGAAAACCUUGAAAGUGAAUUGAAAGACAUUAGAGAUGAAAAUCAGCGUGUUUUACAUGAAAAGACGGAUUUAGAAGCUGAAAAUAAGAAUCUUGAGGAAAAAAUACAAAUUCUGGAAUUAGAUAUUCCAAAGUUUCAAAGUAACAUGGAGGAAAAAAUAUUAUUGAUAUCAAGUUUAGAAAAACAGCUUGAAAGUUUAAAAACAAACACAGAAGAGCAAACUAGAAGGGAUGAGGAAGAAGAAGGAGGAGAAAAUUCAACUAUAGAAGCCUUGAAUUUGGAAUUGAAAUCAGUUACAGAUAAAUAUUCAGAAUUAGGUAUAAAAUGCGAAAUGCAGAGUGAACUUAAUCAGACAUUAGUGAAACAGUUGGAGGAAACAACUAAAGAACUUUUAACCAGUAAAACCGAGACACAACAAUUAAAUGUUCAAUUUCAAGAACUUUUUGUUGCGACCAAAAAACAGGAAGAAGUAAUAAAUGAUCUACUUUCUCAAAAAUCAGAUCUUGAAAUAAAAACUGAGAAAAUAAGUGAGGAAAUUAUAGGAAGGCAAGAAUCGGAACAACACCUUCAAUCUAAUAUUUCCCAAUUACGAUCAAUGGGAGAGGAGAUCAAACAACAUAUUGAUGCAGAUUUGGAAUUGGUUAAUGUUGGCACACAGAUUGAUAUGAAUCAUACUCCCACAGAAGAUAAUGACUCACAAACUGAUGAUACUGUCACACAAACUGAUGAUACUGUCACACAAACUGAUGAUACUGUCACACAAACUGACGAUACUGUCACACAAACCGAUUAUAAUGUCACACAAACUGAUGAUACUCUCACACAAACUGAUGAUACUCUCACACAAAAUGAUGAUAGAGACACAUCAACUGAUGAUAGACAUGCACAAACUGAUGAUAGACAUGCACAAACUGUUGAUACAGACACACAAACUGAUUAUACAGAUGCACAAACUGAUGACAAACAGACACAAAUCCAAACUGAUGAUGUUGAACAUUCCGAUGGUAGAUCAGAAAUGAGUAAUCACAAUGAUCAAGAUGGUAAUAACUUCAACAACCCAGCAAACAGUAAGAAACUUGAAGCUGAAGUUAAAGAGUUGCUAAAUGAACGAGAAGAAAUGGAACAAGAACUAAUUGCUACCAAACAAAAACUGGAUGAGUGGGAUAGCUUUAUGCAGAUGUUGAAAGAUGAAAAGGAACAACUUGCACAAGAAGUUGAAGAAGCAGAAAUUCGAGAAGAAAACAAUAGAAAAGAAAUGGAAUUUUUGAUGCUCUCUUUACAAGAUGCUUUAAGUGAAAGAGACAGCCUUAAAGAUGAAGUGUUCAAGAUGCAAGAAGGAGAAGGAUCUGUUGUUGACGAAAUGAAACUAGCUGUUAAAGAUAUUAUAGCAGACAGAAAUAGACUUCAAACUGAACUUGAUGCUGCAUACGUCAAUAAGGGUGAUCAUGCAGUCCAACUAGAGAGCUACCGUAGGGAAAUGGAAGAGGCUAUUACAGAACGAGAAAAUAUUGAACGGGAAAAGGAAUCAUUAAAUGUUGUACUUGAAUUGUCACUUGAAAAGGAGAAACAAUUUUCACAGCAGGUUGAGGACCUACAAUUCCAGUUGGAGGAAAGUGAAAUGAAAAUAUCUUGUUUAGAAAAAGAACUGCAUGAUGCUAAAACAGAAGUAACCACCUUGUCACAGAAAAUAAAAGACCAGGAACAAUUUGUAACUGAUUCGGCUGAAAAGGUCGCAGAAAGACAAUCAUAUACCAUUGAGAUGGAGAGUCAAAUCUUAGAACUCUCAAACUCAUUAACAGAUGCUAAGAAAAAAUAUGGUGAAAUUAAAGAACAGCUUGAUAUGUGUAAUUCUGAAAAUGCUGAGCAAACAGCACUUUGUUCUAAAAUUGAAGAAUUAGAAGCUAAGAAUGAAGAUUUACUGAAGCAAAUAAGAAUAUUACAUGAUCAAAAUGAUGAAGUCAAAUUAGAAAAGGAUGCCAAUAAGACAAGUAUUGAUGAAUUAUUGAUUAAAAUCAGUGAUGCAGAAAAGAGCAAAGCUGAAGUAGAAGACAGACUGGAAGAAGUUGUAUCUAAAGUAUGUGAUUUGGAACAACAGAAUCGGGUGCUAAUUGAAGAGCUUGAAAGCGUUAAAGAUGGAAAAGCAAAGACUGAUGCUGACGUUGAAACAAAUAUUAACAUAGUUGAUACAAUGAAAGAUCAUGUCACAGCUCUUACUGACCAAUUAGAUUUCUUUGAAGUUGAAAAAUCAAAGAUGGCUGCCAGCUUAGAAGACAGAAGUCAACAAUUGCUUGCUGUUGAAGAAGCUUUAAAAAUUAUCCAAGAAGAGAAAGAGAAAUUGGAGGAGGAGAAAAAUCAGAUUUUGAACAAAUUAGAAGAAAGAAACCAAGAAUUUUUCAGUUUGGAAGAAAAAUUACAUACAUCAUUAACCGAGAUGGAAGAAUCCAAAAAAAAUGCUGAUUGUGUAAAUGAGUUACAAGAGAAGAUACAAUCUUUAAUACAAGGUAAAACUGAACUGCAGUCACAAGUUUCUGAUUUAUCGUCAGAGCUUAAUGAGCUUCGACCUAAUAUUGAACAACAAAAAGCUUUAUAUUCUGAGAUCUGCAAUGAAAAGGAAGCCAUUUUGAUUGAAAAGUCAGAAAUGGUACAAAAACUUGAAGCUGUCCAGACACAUAGCCAAGAGUCAAUAUCAACCACAGAAAAAAACAUUCAGGAACUGAAAGAAGCUGUGGCAAAAUUAUCCCAAGAUCUUAAAAAUUCUCAAGAAGAAAAACUGGAACUCCUGACAAAUCUUCAAAAUAUAGAACAACAGAAGCAGUCUUCAGAGGAGCAAUCAGUGAUUCUUACUCAACAGCUUGACAACCUAAAAUCUGAUCGAGAAGAUUUCAUGACAAGACAUGAAUCACUGAAACAAGGAGCAGAAAUUCUUGGAAAGGAGCUUUCAGAUUUUAGAUUGGAAGUUGAAAAAAUAACAAUUGAGAAAAAACAAAUUUCUGAAGAACUUGUUAAAAAAGAAAGACACAUUGCAGAUCUAGAGAUAAAAUUGUCGGAAAUGGAAAAUAAAAUGCUUGAAAAAGAUGAAACUUUAAAAGAAAUGGCCUCCAGUGCUGAUGAAAAAGAGAAUAUUUUGAUUAAAAACCUGGAAGUGGAACUAUGUGAGUUAAAGAACAAGUUAAGCAUGGCAGAAAACUUGAUUACCGAGUUUGAGAAGAAAUAUACAGCUACACAAUCAGAAUAUGAGAAGAUUCAAUUUGAGUAUGAAAAUCUUCAACAAAAAUUAAGAGAUCAUGAAGAAACACAUGAGGUUAAUGUAAACAAGAUCACUGAUUUAUCUGAAAAAGUUGUAAAACUUGAAGAAUCUGUGCAGUCACUGAAAGAACAAAAACAGGAACUGCAUAUUAAAUUAGAAGAAUUCAGAACUAAGGAUACCGAGCAAACACAGAAAUCGACUGAUUUAGAAUCUGAAGAGAAAACGAAAAUGAAGUCUAGUUUAAAAGAGAAAGAAGAAUUAUGUGCUAAAUUAAAACAACUUGCUAUAAAAUCCAAAAAAGAAGCAACUGAUACAAAAGCAAAGUUGGCAGCAUUGACUGAGCAAUUCAGUGGACUAGAGAAAAUAAAGGAAGAUCUUGAACAACAGAUAAAUGUAUUACAAAAUCAAGUGUCAGAUAGUAAUCAGAAUAUUGAAGCUAUUUCGUUAUUACAAGCAGAACUGGCCAAAUCUAAACAGCAAGCCGUCCAAUCGGAAGCAGAUUUAAACAAGAUGAUAGAACAACUGACAGAAGCUAAACAGCAAUUAGCAGAAAUAAAAUUAGAGAGAGAUAAUUUACUAAAACAGACUGAAACGUUGAAUAGUGAUAUAAAGAAUAAAAAAGGUCAGAUAGAAGAAAGUAAAAGUGAAGUAACAGCUAUUAAAAUACAACUAGAUGAAUUAAAGAAAGAAAAACAACAGUUGGAUAAUAGAUUAACUGAGAUGGAAAAUAAACAUCAACAAGAAAUUGUUAGUCAUGAGAAGAAGGUGACUGUUUUAGAAGGAGAGAUUAAAGAUUUAAAAGGCAAUCUUGAAUCCGCUAAGCAGGGUGCUAAUCAGAGUAAUAUGAUGGAUUUAGAGAUAGCAGAUUAUGAGAGAACUGUACAAACAUUAAAUAGCAAGAUGGAAGAAAAAGAUAGUAAUAUUGUAGAACUAAAGAAUGAAAUAGAAAGAUUGGAGGAUAGAGUGAAGACAUUCCAGGACCAGUUAGAUACAGUUGAAGAACAACGGGUACAAGCAGAAGAUAGAGGAAAUAAGCUCAAACAGUUAUUAGUUAAAACCAAGAAAGAAUUAUCAGAUGCUAAGAAACUGGAAUCGGAACAAAGAUCUUCAGAUGCUCAGUUGCGGGGUCAAAUGGAACAUCUCACACAACUUGCUGAAGAACAGAAGAUGCAAAUGGCAGAACUUGCUGGAGAGAAUCAGAGAUUACAGGAAAAGAUUCGUAUGGUUACAGAUGGCAAUCAGAGAAAUGUAAGAUCAUUAGAAUCACGAGCUCAAGAUUUACAAGAAGAAUUAGAUGUGGCCAGAAGUGAACUUAGUUCUGUUCAAGCUGAGUUUGAUAGUUAUAAGGUUCGGGCUCACAGUGUAUUAAAACAACAAAAAACAAAAGCUGCACCAGAUAUUAAUCUUGAUAUGAAUAAACAAGAAACAUUAAGACUAGAAAAAGCAGUUGAACAGCUGAAAACUAAAUUACAGGAAACCAGUGAUAAACUAACAUUAGUACAACAAGAUAAUGAUAUAUUACAUGAUGAGUAUGAGAGAUUAUUACAGCGACAUAACAAACUAUUAUCUGAUAUGGAGGAAAAAGAUAAACAUUAUUCUAAGAGAUUAGAGAUGGUAUCUAGUGAGAAGAGUAAUAGUAUAAUAGAACUACAAGAGACUAUCAAACAAUUAACAUUACAGAAUGAAACAAUUAAUUCAUCUUAUAAGGAACAACUGAAAUCAAUGCAAGAAGAUCAUUACCGAGCCAUGUCUUUACUACAGAAACAGUGUGAUUCUUUUGAUAAUGAAAAUAUGAAACUACAGCGAGAUUUACAACAGACAUCAAUGUUAAGAUCAUCUAGAUCAACUGAUAAUACAGAACUCAGGGAAUCUUCUCCACAGGAAUUUUUCAUGGAUGCUCAUAUUGGUGAAGAGAGACAAGAAGGGGAGGGUUCAGAGAUUGUAGAGGAACCAUGUCAAAAGAGUACAAUAACUGGUAAUUCGAGUGGUUUAUCAUUUGAACAACUAUUAACAACACCAAUCACAGAUAAUAUAGGUGUAAUGAAUAGUGAACCUAUAGAUACAGAUAUAUUACAGAAUACCAUUACAACAGCACAUAAAAAAAUCGAACAUCUUACAGAGGUUUUAAACGAAAGUGAAGCUUCGGUAUCUAGAUUAACAGAACAAGCAAGAAUAUUAAAAGAUGAAAUUCGAAGAUUGGAGCGAAAUCAAGAAAGAGAAGAAGAAACCAAAAAUUUAGAAUAUUUGAAGAAUAUUUUAAUUAAGUUUUUGACACCUAAAUCUGGAGAACGACAUCAGUUAAUACCAGUUCUUACCCAAAUGUUAAAACUUAGUGUUGAUGAAAAAAAUAUUCUAGUUAAAUUAGCUGGGGAAGAAAAUGAAGCCAGUCAAUCAGCUGGUUGGGGAUCAUAUCUACACAGAUGGUCUGGUUUAUCAUAAUACGGUUCACCCAUCUUAUUUUUAAAUCCUGCUCAAACUUGUGCAAUUAUAUCAAAUCUGUGGGGAUAGGUAAUAAUUAAUACAUGUCAAUCAUUCUUUUAAUAUUUCAUUUACUAUAUUUUUUUUUUAUUGUACAGCUUAUAAAUAUGUAAAUGGAUAUAACUUAUCCAAAAUGUCCAUUUAUUUCAUAUAAAAUAUGUCUGUCCAUUUUGACCGGGUAUAAGAUUCUUUAUUCUCCUUACACCUUGAGCAGGUGCUUUUGGAGGAUUUGGGGUCUUUCUGUGAGACUUUUCUGUGAAUACAUGAGAUACCUGAUAACAGUGAAAAGAAAUUAACAUAUAAUGUCAUAUUGUAAUAUAAUAUACAAUGCCAGCUUGUAAAAACAAUUAUGUGAUAAAUUUGUGAUAAUCAUAAAAUAGAUAUUUUUAUUAUUGUCCAUUGUAUAAAUUGUUGGUGUCAAUGUGAUAUAUGUAUAUAAUUAGUUAAAAAGAGGACUUUGCAGUUUAUAUUAAUUAAUUACCAGUAGCAUUAAAAUGGUUUCAAGAAAGCACAAAGCAAUGUGCACAAUUUCAGAGAGAGAGAGAGAGAGAGAGAGAGAGAUCCAUUUAUUCUCUACAUAAACAAACUAGGUCAUUUUGGGACUAACAUGGUUCAAUUUCAUUUCGACAACUCACUUCAACAUGGGGUCUUUAGCAGUACGAGGAAACCGAAGGACUCAGAGAAAACCCACAAGGUUGGACAAGCGGGGAAUCAAAACCCUGCCACUUGACUCAAUGACAGACCUUAUGGUUAAACCUGUAGACACCCAACCCCCGAUAGUUGUUGAAUUAAGAGAGUAAUUAAUUAAGUGAGUCUAGUGUAGUAAUUUUAAUAAAUUACAUAAUUUAUUGCUUUUUACAGAUGUAUAAUUUAUUAUCAGUUAUGCCAUUUUAUCAUCUAGAAAAUUGGUGAAAUCUAGCACCAUAAAUUUUUUAAAAACAAAAACAGCUAAAAGUUUCUGAACAUCAAUUACGGAAAUGAAAUGAAAUGGAGUUUAACGUCCUACUGUUCUGCUCCUAACCUGGGCUAAUGAAGACGGGCAUACGCCAUACAGUGUGCUAUGAGGGAAAUUUUGCCCGGACAGCGGCACUACGGCCUACUCUUAUAUUGAAUUCCAACUGCCAAGGGAUCUUUUACGUGCACGCCAAUGUGUACAUGGGACCUCGGUUUUUCGUCCCAUCCGAACGACUAGACAGCUUUCCUUGUCAGCCCCUCCGUCCUGCAUCACUGACAAGGGAGAACCACGCCGGAAAAUCUGGAUGAACUUUCUCGGCCAAUAUCAAUUACGGACAUUUAUCACAAAGGAGGCUAUGGCGGUCUAAAGAGGUCAGACUAGAUCUGGUAAAGACCUCAUAUUUUUUCUAAACAGUAUGUAGACAAGUCUUGUUUUCUCCUUGAAUGGGAAUUUUAAGUUUUAUGUGUGGAAUUUGGAGUAUGCCUCGAUACUUAUCAGAAAAUUUACAAGCAAGGUUACAAGUUGUGUUUAAAUGUUUGUGGUGUAUUUAUUGUAUAUUAAUAUAUUAUUGUUGGAAAAUAAACAUUUACAAAAAGGUU